CCCUGGGGCCUCCCAUCCACACCGCCUCACUUCUCCUAUUUUCCGGCUCAAAUAGGGGGAUGCUGCUGGUGCCAGGGAUGGGGCCAGCAUGGCUGCGCGGGUGGCCCUGCUGCUGGGGGUGCUGCUGGUGACCCACCGCCCUGGGGGUGCAGCUCUCCUGGAAGCCAAUGGCAACCUGAGCUGCCGCUGUGCCAAGACCACCAGGACCUUCAUCCCCCCGUGGAAAUACAGCAGCAUCGAGGUCCGGCCAGUGGGGAGCAGCUGCUGGCGCCAAGAGGUGAUGAUCAAGCUAAAAAGCCGGGAGAGGGUCUGUGUGGAUCCUGACACCCCUUGGGUGAAGAAACUCCUGCAGGACCUCGCAAACCUGAGGAAGAAAGAGGCUCCCCACUGAGGAAGCUGCCACCGGCGGGAUGGCCAGAUGUGCCAGGCCCCAAACUGGACACCCCUCCCCCCCCGCCUCCCCUGCAUCCCACUGCAUCCCGCUGCAUCCUUGCCCCGGUGUGGGGGGAGCAUGCCACUGCGUGGUGCCCUGAGCCCCUUCUUCCUCUGCAUUUUAUACAUUUAAGCCCUUAAAACCACAGUCUCCGCUUCCCUGUGAUGAUCUGCUGGAUGUCCCCUGCGGGCACAACCUCAGAGGUCCCAAUAAAGGCAGCAGCUCUCGGUCACUGUCA